GGAUUUUAUCAGCUGUUGGAGCCCAAGGUUAUAGUUCGGUGCAGAAAGGAAGAUGUAGCGAUGGUGCAGGCUGCUGUUAAGAAAAACAUCCCCAUCUACAAAGAGACAGUAAAGAGUAAUAUUGAAGUGCGCAUCGACGAAAACAAAUUCCUGCCCUCUGACAUCUCAGGAGGUGUUGAAGUCUAUAACGUCGAUGGCAAAAUCAAGGUAUCCAACACACUGGAGAGCAGAAUGGACCUUCUAGCGCAACAGAUGAUGCCUGAGAUCAGAGUGCAACUGUUUGGUGCCAACCAAAACCGCAAGUUUAUGGACUAAUGGUCUGUUACUAAAUGUGCUUUAGUGGUUGUUAGGAGAACGGUGAAAUUCAAGAGCCCUGAUAAAGUGACAACAAGGUUUGGUGGAAGUUUUUUUCUUUCUUUUUUUUAAGGUCACUUUGUGGAUUUUCUGAAGUUUCUGUUGCAAUUUAGGAAAUUUAACUGAUCAUGUUUCAGCAAUAAUUGAUAAAAAAAAAAAAAAAAAAGCCAAAGCCAAAAUGAAAGGCAUAUCAUGUGUGCUUAUGUUACCUUAUACCUCUCCUUUGAGUGUUUUAGUUUGAAAAUCAUGUCAUCUGUAGUGAAAGUGGACACCUGAUAUCUUAUCUCAGCCUGUUUGAACAAAAAGCUUUAAGCACUCAGGAAUUUACAUUGUUUUUGCUUUGAAUGUUGUUAGCUAAGCCAGCAGCCUAUCAGGUUUUCCCUGGAAUAGGGAAACCCUCAUUCGAUGUCUUAAAAAAAUGGAUGCCUCUGUGCUUGUUUGUGUGUUUUCAUUUGUUGUACAAUUGCAUUAUACUACAGAGAAAUAAAUCAAAUAUAUUUUA